AUGAAAAGAUGGACACAACAUUCAGAGAAUAGUUUAAUCGAGUUACAUGGAUUUGCAGAUGCGUCAGAAGCAGGAUAUGCUGCAGUUGUAUAUACAAAGGUUAUCAAUGCAGAAAAGGUUACAAUAUCCCUAGUAGCAUCAAAAACCAAAGUUGCGCCUAUUAAGCAGGUAUCAUUAGCCCGAGUAGAGUUAUGCGCAGCUGUGCUAUUGAUAAAGUUGAUUAAUUACAUUCAGAAGAAUAACAAGAUUACCUAUAGUAAAGUUAUUGCAUGGUCAGAUUCAAAAAUUGUAUUAAAUUGGCUAAGGCAAUACCCAAAUAGAUGGACUACGUUUGUAGCAAACAGAGUAUCGUAUAUUCAGGAUACGUUUAAAGGGCAAUUUAGAUUUGUUCCAGGAAAAGAUAAUCCAGCAGAUAUUCCAUCAAGGGGAGUAUAUGGUGACAAUCUUAUUUCAAAUACAUUAUGGUGGCAUGGUCCAAAUUGGCUAAUAAAAGAUGAAGGAAAUUGGCCAGAAAAUGAUGAAGUAAUAGAUUUGAAUCUAAUUCCGGAAACCAGAAAAACUGCAAUAUAUAAAAAAUCCGAAAGAAAGAUCUACAAUCUGUCGGCAGACGAUAUCGAUGCAGCAGAAAUUGUGUUGGUGAAGCAGGCACAAAAAUGUUUUUCAGAUGACAUCAGACGGCUUAAUCUUCAGAAACAAUUAAUGAAAAGUAAUAAGUUGUGUUCAUUAAACCCAUUUGUUGACAGUGCAGGAGUACUAAGAGUGGGCAGCAGAUUAAGAAAUGCAGAUUUAUCUGACAACCAAAAGUAUCCAAUAAUUUUACAUACAACGAGUACUUUGGCCAAACUCAGAAUCAAUCAGGCGCAUAUUAAUAUGAUUCAUGAAGGAUUAAAACUGACGCUAAACUACGUUCGGGAAAAAUUUUGGAUUAUUCGUGGAACAAGCGCUGUGAAAGCUUACAUCAAUAAAUGUUUAAAAUGUUUUCGAAUAAAGGCAAAAGGACAAUCUCAAUUAAUGGGAAGUUUACCAACACCAAGAGUAAAUUUCUCGAGGCCAUUCACACACUGCGGCAUAGACUAUGCAGGGCCAUUAUACAUUAAAUGCUCGCAAUUCAGGGGAAUUAAAACACAUAAGGCAUAUAUAGCUAUUUUUGUAUGUCUGGCAACAAAGGCAAUUCACAUUGAGUUAACUUCAGAUCUGACAUCUCAAGGAUUUUUAGCAGCACUCAAACGAAUGAUAAGCAGACGUGGCUCAGUACAUCAUAUUUAUAGCGACAAUGGUACCAAUUUUACAGGUGCAAACAACAUUUUACAGAAGAUUCAAAUAGAGAAUCAUCUAGCUGAAACAGGUAUACGUUGGCAUUUCAUCCCUCCUGGCUCACCUCCCUUUGGUGGUCUCUGGGAAUCGGGAGUAAAAUCCAUUAAAUAUCAUCUAGCUAGAAUUAUAGGUGACCAAAAAUUGACAUACGAGGAAUUAAGUACGGUCUUAAUUCAAAUCGAAUGUUGUCUUAAUUCACGGCCACUCUGUCCAUUAACAGACAACAUUGAAGAUCUUAAUGCACUUACACCAGGACAUUUCAUUGUGGGAUCGUCAUUAAUGACUCUUCUACCAAUCACUGAUAAUGUAAAAGAAGGUCAUAUUCCGUCAAACCAGAAGAAGUUCCCAAAAUUAUUUAAAGAAGUAACAUUAAUCAAAGCAGAACCAGACACUCAAAAUAUGUUACCAUUUGGAAACACUAUCAGAAAUAAAGAAGUAGUUUCGACAAAGUCUACUGCAGGAGAUUAG